AGGGAACUGCGAGAGGACUGGGCUUAAAAAAAGCAGUGAACGAAUCACAGAGAUGAAACAGCCUUAACGAUGCACUUGAAUCUGACGUCUGUCACUGUUGCAAAUGCCUUAUUUUUUUUUAACAGGACCUAAAUUGAAGUGCCAUUAUCUAAGGAGGAAGCGUAAGGGUGUUUUUUGCAACCGGUUUCUCAGUGGACACGUUAACAAAAAGGAUUUGCAGUGGCUCAACUCUCUCAGUGCUUUAUGUGUAAUCCUGCUGAGAGAUAAACAGACAAGUGUGACAACAUAACCUCCUUGUCUGUGUUUAUUAUCUGACAAUGAGCCGCGCUCCCGGAACAGGCGAAGGCUAUGCGUAUUACGCACCGCAUGGAUGUUCGUCUGAAGUCGGACAGGAGGAAUUUCAGAAGAUUUAAAAAAAAAAAAAAAAAGAAUGACGUUGUGAAAACCGGUAUCAUUUCCGGGAAGGCAACGGCGGACUUAUGCUGUCUCCUCCGGUGCUGAGACGGUUGUCGGAGAGGUUUGAGGCGGACACCAUCAGAGCCGGUGGGAACUCCACCUCAACAUGGUCCGACGACCGUAAAUGGGGCAACGACACAAGCAGAGCAGCUCGCCCCUCCCCUCCUUUCCCUAUAAGAGGAAAAAAAACCCUCCGCACUCGACAUCAAUCCGCAUCUACCUCCAGGAUGGACUUGAAAUGUUUCAGCGCAGCUAAUCCAGCUGCGGAGAACGCCUCUCUACUGUACAGUCUCAAAAACGACCAUGUGAAUUAUUGGGUGAGAAACAAUCCGAACAUCCCCCUCCCCAUAUGUUCCUCCCUCACCCCGACUGACUCCACCUGCCAGGUGUGCCUCAAAGAAAAAGUAUUUGUUGCCUGCCGUAACCUGACUGACAGCAUAGGAGUUGUGAUGGAGGUCGAUGGUCUAGGAUUCCCCGUCGACUUAGAAAAGAGCGAGUGCCCAACUCUCUCAGAGGAUCUUCCACCAUGGCGGCUGCUCUUAAUCAUCAUCGUAUUCUUAAUCCUUAUCGCCAUUUGUUCGGUGCUUUGCUACAAAUACAACAAAGGCUGCAAAAGUCCAAAUGGUGAACAACCUGAGGAAUGUGAAGAAGGAGCAUCGGCCCACCUCACUGAAGGUAGCGCAUGACGACUUGAGAGAGAUCCAGAUCCAGAUCCGGAUCCGGAUCCGGCCUCGGACGUGGCUGUAGCUGAUACGGAAUUUCCUGCCCUGCAUGGAAAAACAUGGACUUUGAUCAUAGUCAUUUUGAUAUAACAUUAAUCCCACAUCUUCAUCGUCACCUAUUUGGGAAUCAUGAGUCUCACCGGUGACUCCAUCCACACUGAAGAGUCCCAUGAAAUUGAAAUCUGGAAGAAAUUAGCUUUGAUGUGGUGAACAUCACUGAAUGUCAAACUGUAGAUGCUAACUAACAGGCUGGUGACUCACUAAAUAUUGCAUAUAAUAUCUGUAACCUUGAACGCAGCCUCCUGUUGUCACCUGUUAAUUCCUUGUAGCACAAUCACGUCCAGGUGUUUCAGUAUCCUCUUCUAAUUGCCCCCCGUCGCCUCUCGAGCAGCGUCUUCGGAGCGACAGGAUCAGAAUGUAUUGUAGGACACUCCUCGAGUAGAUCGAUGUGCACCACAGAUCUGACAAAUACUGUAUGUCUCUUGUGUUGCUGGUGUUAGUAUUGGAGAACUGAAAACACAGAACGAAACCUCUCACUAUCAGUCUCUGAGAUUUCAAAUAGACAAGGAGAUCCAGACGUCACUGAGACGUCACUGAGACGUCACUGAGAUCAGACCUCUGCUUUCUGAUCUGACAGAAAUCCAACUGAUCUGACGACCCAGAGCCAGGUCACUGAUUGAUCAGACAAUUGAUCCACAGGAACUGAGGCUUCCCCUGAGGAAAAGCUCACAGUGAUUGACACGUUACCUGCUUACUGUAUUUACAUUUGGCCUUUCCCUUACCUUGAUCAAAGUGCAAAUCACAGACAGUAAACACCCAACUGUUAGUAAAUACAUUGACCAAUUACAUGAUCUGAAAAUGCAUCGUGGGAUUUCCCAUUUUCAUGUUUUCACAAAUUGACAAAUAAAAUGCUACUUUUACUUUUAAA